GGGAGCCCGGAGGCCGUGACGAUGAGCCAGCGCGCCGGGGAGCCGGAGCGGCCGCCCGCGUCGGAGCCCGUGUGGGAGCGGCCCUGGUCGGUGGAGGAGAUCCGCAGGAGCAGCCAGAGCUGGUCGCUGGCGGCCGACGCGGGCCUUUUGCAGUUUCUACAGGAAUUCUCACAGCAGACUAUCUCCAGGACCCAUGAAAUCAAGAAACAAGUGGACGGACUAAUCCGGGAAACUAAAGCCACAGAUUGCCGCCUGCAUAAUGUCUUCAAUGACUUCCUUAUGCUGUCUAACACCCAGUUCAUUGAGAACCGUGUCUAUGAUGAAGAAGUGGAAGAGCCAGUACCCAAGGCUGAGACAGAAAAAGCAGAGCAGGAAAAGACCCGGGAGCAGAAAGAAGUAGAUCUAAUUCCAAAAGUCCAGGAGGCUGUGAACUAUGGUUUACAAGUAUUGGACAGUGCAUUUGAGCAACUUGAUAUAAAAGCAGGAAACUCAGAUUCUGAAGAAGAUGAUGCCAAUGAGCGGGUAGAACUGAUCCUUGAACCAAAGGAUCUUUACAUUGAUCGUCCUUUACCUUAUUUGAUUGGAUCCAAGCUGUUCAUGGAGCAGGAAGACGUAGGUCUUGGAGAGUUGUCUAGUGAAGAAGGCUCUGUGGGCAGUGACCGUGGUAGUAUUGCAGACAGCGAAGAGGAGAAUGAAGAGGAGGAGUCAGAUGAAGAUUUUGUCAAUCAUAGCGACAAUGAUCAAAAUCGGCACACUGCACAAAUGAGUGAUGAUGAAGAAGAUGAUGAUGGUUGUGACAUUUUUGCUGAUUCUGAGAAGGAGGAAGAUAUUGAAGACAUUGAAGAAAACACGAGACUUAAAAAAAAUAGACCUACGUCAUUUGCUGAUGAACUGGCAGCUCGUAUCAAAGGGGAUACUGCAAGCCAUAUAGAAGAAGAACAAAUAGGAGACGCAAAACCUUGGAAGAUGGUGAAAGAGAAAGAGAAGAGAACUCUCUCCGAUGAUGAAGAAGAUAACUUGUUUGCACCUCCCAAGCUGACUGAUGAAGAUUUCUCACCAUUUGGCUCCAAAGGUGGCCUGUUCAGUGGAGGAAAGGGACUUUUUGAUGAUGAGGAUGACGAGAGUGACCUCUUCAAGGAUGCCCCUCCGGACCCGGAAGUUCGAGCAUCUGUUAAUGAAGCAUCUUCAUCCUCCAAACCAGGAAAGAAAAUCCCAGCAGGAGCUGUUUCUGUAUUUUUAGGGGAUCCUGAUGUGUUUGGUGGUGUCUCAGCUCCAGCAGCAAAGGAGACCCAGAAGCCCAAGGUGACCACAUCAGGGAAAGGCUCUUACCCCUCGGCACCUGCUGGCCUUUUUGAUGAUGAUGAUGACGAUGAUGACUUCUUUGCAGCUUCCUGCAGCAAGCCUCCCAAGACAGACAAAGUCAAAUCCUCUGCCAACAUCUUUGAUGAUGAAGAAAGUGAUCUAUUCAGUGAAAAAGAACCAGAACCUACUGUGAAUCAGAUGGGUGAAAGUAUAGCAAGCACAGAGAAAAAGGUUGCCCUUCCUUCCAGCAAAAUUGUCAAACCCCCAUCAGAAACAAAGACUCAAAAAGGUUUGUUUUCAGAUGAGGAGGAUUCUGAGGAUUUGUUUUCCUCUCAAAAUGUGAGUAAGCCAAAAGAUGCUCCUGUAUUGCCCAGCAAGCUUCCCACAUCCGUUUCGCUUUUUGAUGAUGAAGAUGAAGAGGAUAAUCUCUUUAGUGCAACAGCUGCUAAGAAGUCCACAUCAUCUCUCCCUGCUCAGAGCAAAGAGAAAGCAAAACCCUCCGAAGUCCUCCAAAAGAAAACAUCUGCCUUACUGUUCAGUAGUGACGAGGAGGACCAAUGGAGUAUUACUGAUUCACAGACCAAGUCAGCACCCGACAAUAGAUCAAAAGGAGAACUUAGAGACCCUGGGGUCACCAAGGUCCAGGAAGCAAAAACAGUGAAAAAAAUCAGCCUCUUUGAUGAUAAUGAUGAAGAUGAUCUGUUUGCUAUUGCUAAGGACAGCCAAAAGAAGUCCCAGAGAGCAUCUCUCCUCUUUGAAGAUGACGCUGACAGUGGAAGCUCUCUGUUUGGCUCUCCUCCCGCACCAGUUCCUCCUGCAGCAAUGAAAAAAGAGACUGUCCCCGAGGGACCGCCUUUGCUGUUCAGUGACGAAGAGGAGAAGGAGGCACUGGUGGGAGAGCAACCUGUGGCCAAGAAAGAUACGAGUACUAAAGACUCACCAGAAUUGGGGCAAACUCCUAUGGCUGAAGAGUCAGACAAGGAAAGUCUUUUUAACAUACCUACUCAGGAAGCAACCAAGCAUUCUGAUUUAUUUUCAUCGUCUCCUUUGGAAAAAGGAACCAAAACUAGAACCAAAACUGUUCUUAGUCUAUUUGAUGAGGAAGAAGAUAAAACAGAUGAUCUAAAUAGCAUCCAACCUCUAAAGAAAGAAGCAGGAAAGAGUCCUGAUCCUGAUACCCGCCCUAAGAGCACAGGUGUCUUUCAGGAUGAAGAGUUGCUUUUUAGUCACAAGCUCCAGAAGGACAAUGACCCAGAUGUUGACCUUUUUGCCAGCACCAAGAAAACCAAGUUGUUGGCGCCAAGUGUCGGGAGCCUGUUUGGGGAUGAUGACGAUGAUGAUCUUUUCAGCUCUGCCAAGUCCCCGUCUUUGAUACCAGAGAAGAAGAAGGUGGUGAAAAAAGAUCACUCUGCUUCAUCUUUAAAGAAUCAGAAAUAUCCUGAUGGCAAAGAAAAAAGCAUGUGGAAACCGGAAACACCUCAGGACUCACCAGAUCCUGCUCCAUUUAAAACCAGAGAGCCAUCCUCCCGGAUCUGGAAAAUACAAGCAAAUUUAGCAAUUAACCCGGCAGCCUUGCUGCCUGCUGCAGCUCCCCCCCAGAUGCCUGGAGUGAAGCCUGUUUUGCCGGAACUGGGUUUUCCUUCGCCUGAACCUGGGAAGAUUCACAGUCUGGAAAGUGUGCCCACUGUUCCUGAGAGUGGGGAGGUCGGCGUGAGUUUUGAUCUUCCUGCUCAGGCAGAUACCUUGCACAGUGCAAACAAGAGUCGCGUCAAGGUGAGAGGGAAGCGCAGACCACAGACCCGUGCGGCACGGCGGUUGGCUGCCCAGGAAUCCAGUGAAGCUGAGGAUAUGAGUGUCUCUAGAGGAUCCAGGGCACAAUUGUCAGAUGAUUCCCUAUUACCAAAUGCCUAUCAGCCGCAACUUAGGCCAGCUGAUGGAGAAGACAGCUCUGAAGAUGCCGUGGCAGCUGUAACCCCAGCUUGGGCAGGUGGUCAGAUGUUUGGAGUGGACAGAAGCUCCAUUGUGAAAUCUCAGGGGCAGCCUUUUGAGGAUGACCUAUUUGAUUCUGGUGAUAUCUUUUCCAAGAGCACUGGAUCGCAGUCCACUGGGAGAACAAAAGCAAAGACAAAUGUUGCAGAUAGCUUAGUCAGUCCGCCUGGGGGAAGUAAAGAAAAGAGCCCCAUGUUUUCUGCUCUGAGUGAGACAAGCAGUGAUGAAGAUCUCUUUCAGUCUGCUAAGCCAAAGCCAGCAAAGAAAACAACUCCCUUCCCUCUCCUGGAAGAUGAAGAUGAUCUCUUUAAAGAGCAGAAAAGCAGGAAGACUGAGUCAAAAUCCAGCAGUCAGCAGGAUAUCUCCAAAUCUCAAGAUAUUUUUGAGGAUGACAUAUUUGCCACUGAAGCAAUUAAACCCUCUCAAAGAACAAAAGAGAAGGAAAGAACACUUGAACCCAACUUAUUUGAUGAUAACAUUGAUAUCUUUGCUGACUUAACUGUAAAGCCAAAAGAAAAGUCCAAAAAGAAAGUGGAGGCCAAGUCUAUAUUUGAUGAUGAUAUGGAUGAUAUCUUCUCGCCUGGUGUCCAGUCUAAAACAACCAAAACAAAAAGUCAGUCUUCACAGGCAGCACCCGAAGCAAGCUCCGAACAGAAGGUGUCCAACAUAUUUGAUGAUCCCUUAAAUGCUUUUGGAGGCCAGUAGAGCAUGCAGCGCUAUCCCACCUCAACUUACGGCUGCAUCCUUCGAUUAAUGAUGCUGUACGCUCAUUGUCUUAACUGAAUUAUAAAAAGCAAAUAGUCUGCUAGCUUUUCUCUUAUUCAAUGUACUCAGUAUUUUUCUGCACUGAUUUUAAUCUUGCUUAAUACUGCAAAGCAAAAAUAAAUGUUUUUCAGUGGUGUUUGUUUUUUAAA